AUGCCGAGGCCGAAAAAUGGCUGUCGACAAGGAGUGCUUGGCCAGUCACUGUCGCCACCCAUCACAGCCCGGUUUAAAUGCCUGACGAACGGGUGUUGUGACCAGCACGAGUGGUGCCGAUUCUGGGCCAGUAUCGGCGAGUGCUCGAUCAAUGGCGAUUGGAUGGCAACAAAUUGCCAGUUGGCAUGCGGGACGUGCCGGGCGCCAGCGUCGACAUCAGGGUUCCCUCAAACGCAACGGACAGCUGCGACCAGCGUUUUGAGCACGACCCAGCCCACCAUAUCGACCGGCUCGGAGGGUCCGACCACUGGCUUCCCGACGACGCUCAGCUCGCAGACGCAGCUCGCGACGGCCGUCGGUGCCUCGACGCUUCCGCCCCUCUUCGCACCGCCGCCAUCCAGCGGCGCGGUGACGCCGGCGACGAGCUGCAAAGACAUCGAGAAGGCGCGCGCUGCUGAGGCUCUCGUGGCGUCCGGACUCGUUGAUGCCGUCGACGACACCUUCGGCAGAGCCACGCUGUCUGUGGACGAUAUCUCAAGAGCAGUGCAAGCUGGUCAGCAGUGUAUCCCACAGCUAAAAGAGGAGGGCCUGGACUGCAACAGCAACCUGUGCUACCACUUGAUGUAUCGCAGUUUUGAUGGGACGUGCAACAACCUGAAACGGCCCAUGCAGGGAGCCUCUUUCCGGCAGUAUCUGCGACACUUCCCGCCACAGUAUGACGAUGGGAAGGGGGAGCCUGUGUCAUCGUUAACGGAAACGCGACCAACAGCCCGCGAAGCCAAUAGAGUGAUGCUCUCCUCAGCACAGUCCGUCAUGCACGACAAGUACAACAAUCUGAUGAUGCAGUUCGGCCAGUUCAUCAGCCACGAUAUUGCCAAGACCACGCUGCAACCGUCGGCGAAUUGUCAGUCGUGCAACCCGGUCCCAUCCAAGUGCAUGCCGAUCCCAAUCAGCGACAAGGACCCGAAUAUGCAAUUCAAGUCCAAGCAGUGCCUGAAGGUGUCGAGGUCAGCGCCAAUUUGUGCGCUAAGCCCACGCGAACAGCUGAACGAGAAUACGGCCUACAUCGACGGCAGCGCCAUCUAUGGGUCUUCCCCGAAGGAUUUGUUCAAAUUCCGCGAGGGGCGAACCGGGCUGCUACGCGUUGUUCCGUUCAACAAUCAAAACGUGUUGCCGUUCGAUCAGUCAAAGUGCAAGCAAGAGGCGGGCUGCCUGGCCUCGUUCACCGCCGGCGACAUCCGGGCCAACCUCUUCAUCGGCCUCAGCUCCUUCCACAUCCUGUGGGCCAGGGAACAUAACCGAAUCUCGACAAAGCUACAGAAUCUGAAUCCGGGCUGGAGCGGGGAUCGAUUGUUCCAGGAAUCGCGAAAAAUUGUCGGUGCCCAGAUUCAACACAUCUUCUACACGUCUUACCUGCCAAAGGUUCUCGGCAACUCGUUCGAGCGUGUGAUUGGAACCUAUCAGGGCUAUGACGAGAACGCCGAUUCCACGAUUGCCAACGAGUUCACGACCGGAGCCUUCCGAUUCGGGCACGGCAUGAUUGAGGAAUUCUACAACCGGCUGAACAAGGAUGGCGGCAACAUCACGCAGGGCGGCUUCUUCUUCGGCGACGGCGUCUUCAAGAGUGGAAAAAUUUUGUGGGAAGGCGGCAUCGAUCCGAUCUUGCGCGGGUUCAUGUUCACCCGCGUGAAGCGACCGCAUCGGCUGACGCCCGCAACGACGGAGAAGAUGUUCGGAAGUACCGACCUUGGGUCACUAAACAUCCAGCGCGGCAGGGACCACGGCAUUCCCGGAUACAAUACAAUCCGAGCAUUCUGCGGGCUGCCCAGGGCGAACAGCUUUGAGGACUUUGGGGACAUGAUUUUGGACAAAAACUUGCGAUUUGGGCUCUCCAAAAACUACAACUCACCAGAAGACGUCGACUUCUACGUCGGCGCCAUGUUGGAGGAUCCAGUGGUUGGAGGCCUUGUGGGGACAACGCUGAGCUGCGUCAUCGGCGAGCAGUUCAAGCGGACGAGAAAUGGGGAUCGGUUUUAUUAUGAAAACCCGGGCAUUUUCACGCCACGGCAACUGGCCGAGAUCAAGAAGACGUCUUUUGCCAAGGUCAUCUGCACGAAUGGGGACAGUUUCGAUACGGUUCCAGAGGACGCCUUCUUGGCACCCCCGGGCACACCUAUCGUCUCCUGCUCCCAGCUACCGACCAUCGAUCUAUCGGCCUGGAAGGAG